CAGGCCUUCGUGCGGGAGAGCCCAUGCCGACGAGCGUGUGCUCACACUCAGUCUCGUACCAGCCCUGCGGCCACAUUCACCUUCCUCGGACUCGCACAGGUUCAGAUCCCAACUCCAAGGAGGAAAGGUGGUGCCUUGUGACAAAAAAAUAGAGGGAGAAAGGCAGACUUUCUACAGCAGUAUAGGAAGUUUCCAUUAAGAAAAUAUUUCAUAUGGACAAGGAAGAUCUUGGUGGCCCUGGAGCAGAAGCUGGCCUGCUUCCAUCCAGGAAGGGAGCACUGGGCAUUUCUGGGAAAGGACAGUUCAGACGCACCUGGAGGACAUGGUCUGCUCAGUUAUAUGAAACCAAGACUUUCAGAGGUACUGCUGUCCUUGAACAGUUUGCAGCCCAGUCAAGUUUCCGCGUUGUCAGUGGCCAAAACUAGAGUAAGACUCAAAGGCUCAGAUCCUGCACUCGGUAAUUUAUACUUUCAGUUAUGGAGAGCCUGGAGAGAGAACAUAUCUCAGAGGCCACUGACCAGAUGGUGCCCUUAGGAGAAACUUUUCUCCUGUCCCAGGCAGAGAACAAGAAGGAAGAGCAGCAGGAAAAGAAGGGAUUGACUGAUAUUGUCCUCAUAUCUUCUAAAGCUGAGAAGGGUCCAUCAGAAAACAGGCCGGGGUCCUUGUCAAGUGGAGCUCUGGAGACGAGAGAAGGAACAGUGCUUUCCCUGGGUGAUGGAAUGAUGCUGGAAACCGAUAUGCAGCCAGCUGUUUGUUUUGAUGGAGAGGAAGUAGCUGCUGGGCAACUAGAUCAGAGCCCCUUGACCUUGGAGGAGGUGGCUGUGUAUUUCACAGAGGAGGAGUGGGCGCUGCUGAGUCCCGAACAGAAAGCUCUCCACCAAGAAAUUAUGGAGGAACUUAUGGCUUUUCUUGGUAAUGAAUGGAAAAUUAAGAAUAAAGGUGACUUAUGUACACCUCAGAGAACUUUUACAGGAAAAAAACCAUAUCAGUGCUUGGAAUGUGGAAAGUGCUUCAGUACGAAGACCAAGCUUUCCAUACAUCAAAGAAGUCAUACAGGGGAAAAACCGUACACCUGCUUGGAGUGUGGAAAGUGCUUCAGUUUAAAUGCAUAUCUAGGUAGACAUCAACAAAUUCACGCGGGAGAGAGAACAUGUAGGUGCUUGGAGUGUGGAAAAUGCUUCAGUUCGAACACGCACCUCCGUAGACAUCAAAGAACUCAUACUGGAGAGAGACCAUAUCAGUGCUUGAAGUGUGGAAAGAGUUUCAGUGUGAGCAGUAAUCUUGCUUCUCAUCAUAGAGUUCACACUGGUGAGAAGCCAUAUAAAUGUUUAGAGUGUGGAAAAUGCUUCAGUUCAAACAGACAUCUAAGUGUACAUCAUAGAACUCAUACUGGGGAGAGACCAUAUACGUGUGUGGAGUGUGGAAAGGGCUUCAGUGUAAGCAGUUCUCUCACUUCCCAUUAUAGAAUCCAUUCAGGUGAAAAACCCUACAGAUGUUUGCAGUGUAGUAAAUGUUUUGCUCGCAGUUCAGACCUUGUGAAACAUAAAAAAAUUCACACAGGAGAGAAACCCUAUAAAUGCUCAGAGUGUGGAAAGAGCUUCACACGCAGUUCAACCUUAUUACACAUAAAAAAAUUCAUGUGGGAGAGAAACCACAUAAAUGCUUGGACUGUGGAAAGUGUUUCAGUAGAAAAAACAGCCUUUGCACCCAUCAAAGAACUCAUAUCGGAGAAAGACCAUAUAAAUGUUUGGAAUGUGGAAAGUGUUUCAGUCAGAGGAUAAAUCUCACCUGUCAUGAAAGAACACACACAGGAGAAAAGCCCUUUAAAUGUUUAGAAUGUGGAAAAUGCUUUAGUGUGAGCAGUUCUCUUAC